UCCGCCUAACGCACUCUCUCCCUCCCUCUUCCGUUGCUGUAGGUUUCCGCUGGGAAAGCUGCUGACUAGGGACGUACGUUUCCGCUGGGAAAGCUGCUAACUAGGGACGCCGAUCGCAGACGCUGACCGGAGACGUCGAGCAGAGCCACCGCUAGGUUGCCGCCGACGUCCUCUUCUCCUUUUGCCGUCGCGCGCUAUCCAUCCGUCGAGCCAGGGAGUGCAGCAGCAGUUCUUCUUCCUCGAUUAAGUUUCGAAUUCGUCAAAUUUCGAGGUGAUUUGUGGUUUCUAUACCUUCUGUUAGCGUUAAUUCGUAGAUUAGAACUUCCUUAGCGUAUAAUCUUUCGACUUGAAUGAGAAUUGUGAAUGUUGUGUUGAAAUUAUGAAAUUUGUGUUGGGGCUGUUUUCCGUCAUCUCCUCCGGCGACCGCCGGCAACGGCGGUGGCGAGCCGGGGCGGCUACCGGCGGGGGUGCUGGGGUUGUUCCGGCGACGAUGGGGACUGCUCCGGCGGGGGCAGCGGGCCCGAGGAUUGAUUCCUUAGUCUCGAUUCCGCACAGGUAUAUUUUCACUCAGCGUUUUGCUGAGCGUGUAGUCGUUGUUGUUUGACUGCACGCAGGUAGGAACACAAAUUUGGAUGUGCAACCCGGAUGGCAGUGAAGUGGUGGUGUGGCGUGGAUGGCUCUUGUUUACUUUAAUAAUUAAACUACAUUAUUUAAUUUGAUUAUAUGGACUGGUGGACGUUACCUUGGUUUUCGUAUGCUUCCGCGACGUUUGGAUUUAUUUAAUUAUUCUGAUGAAUUUGGGUUUAGUUAAAACUCUACAGACGAAUUUUAUAAUUGAUUUAAUUGUUAUUUUAGAAAAGAAAAUUUAUGCUUGCGAAUAUCAACUUAGUGACAACCCGAUCCGCUAACCCGUUGACUAAUCCGCUCCAAAUAAACAUUUGGGAUUGUUUUUUGGGUCAAAUAGCAGGAUCGGUCCAAGUCCGGUCCGAUAUUUAUUGGGAG